AUGGCUGACAGGGUGGAGGCAGCUGGACGGGCGCAUCCUGAAUGGUGCCUGUGGCGUCACGCUCUCGUGCCCGACCCUCGGCCCUUCCCCCCCCCCCCAGCUUUUGAAUUUUCGAUGCACUGGCAGCUUCGGCCGCGCGGAGGGCUCCUGGAGGGAGAUGUAUUCGGCGACGGCUCGGUUUCAUCGAUCGUGCCAGGGGAUCCCGUGGUUGGCAGCGCUGGUUGGGGAGUGGUGCAGAUCGACCCUCUCGGCACCGUGCUCUGUUCCAUGUACGGCCCAAUGACAGGCCGGAUGCAGGAGUCAGAGAUCGCCGAAGGAUGA